AUGGGCGGCGCCGCCAUGGCCGAUGACGACGACUUCGCCUCGCCGCCGCCCGCCCCGCGCGCGCGGGCGGAAGGAGGAGGCGGAGGCGUGUACCAGGUGGGCGGCGUGCCGGUGGAGUUCCCCUACAAGCCCUACGGGACGCAGCUGGCGUUCAUGGGGCGGGUCAUCGCCACGCUCGACCGUGCGCGGCGGCAGGGGCGCUCCCACGCGCUCCUCGAGUCGCCCACAGGCACCGGCAAGUCGCUCUCCCUCCUCCUGCUCCGCGCUCGCCUGGCAGCGGCACUACCCGCUCCGCUCCCCUCCCGCCCCCCACCCCCGAUCCACUCCUCCACGGCGGAGGAUUCGUCCCCGAUGAUACCCAGCCGCAGGCGACGCCAGGCCUCAAGGAAGCACUACUGUGUCAAUAAGUUUGCUCGCGCGAGCGACAACAUUGAUGAGCAAUGCAAGUCGCUGCUAGACAAGAUGGUUCAAGGUUGCCCAGAAUUCAAGAAUGCUCAGAAACUAAGUCGGCAUCCAUCCCUUCAGAUUGGUGGCUGCUAUGAAGUUCACGAUAUUGAGGAUCUUGUCAGAGUUGGACAGAAAGCAAAGGGAUGCCCAUAUUUUGCUGCACAGCACAUGGCAGAAGCAGCACAAUUGGUUUUCUGCCCAUAUAACUACCUGAUUAGUCCAGUUGUCAGGAGAGCAAUGGACAUCGAUAUCAGUGGUUCCAUCAUUAUUCUUGAUGAGGCACACAACAUAGAAGACAUAGCACGUGAUGCUGGCAGUGUUGACAUCGAUGAAGAAUCACUUUGCUUGUUGCAGGGAGAACUUCAAAACUUGGCCACUGAUGAGGCUGUUGCAAUGAUUUACCAACCCUUGCACGAUAUUAUUCAGGGUCUUAUUGGUUGGAUUGCUGAGCGGGAGGACAAUCUGCAUAAUCAUGAGUUCGGACAUCCCGCUUCAUAUUGGACUGGUGAAAAGGCAAUGAAUGAACUUCAGCGGGCUGGUAUUUCUCCAAUGUAUUUCCUGGUAUUGCAAGAAUGUGCAACAAAGGCGAUUAAAGCUGCUUCAGAUACUGAAUCAGAUGGAUCACACUUAAGUGGUGGUCGUGCUAUGACACUAGAGAGUCUAUUCUCUUCGUUGAGUUACUUUUUUGGUCAGAAAGGGCGUAAUUCGUGUGAUUAUCAGCUUGCUUUGCAGCGUUUUGUUAAAAAGGAAGGCAAUGAUGAAAUUUCUUCAAGAUGCACAAUGAGUUUGUGGUGUCUCAAUCCUGCUGUUGUUUUUCAAGAAAUUGCAGAUCGAACACUUUCGGUAAUUCUGACUUCUGGAACACUUUCACCAAUGGGUUCUUUUACAUCUGAACUUGGUGUCCAGUUUGAGGCUUGCAUGGAAGCUCCUCAUGUAAUUAAUGCUGAUUCUCAGGUUUUUGCAGCUGUGCUAUCAUCUGGUCCAACAAGGCAAAUAUUGAAUGCUAGCUAUAAAACUGUGGACAAUUCAUCUUUCCAGGAUGAACUUGGAGCUUCACUAGAGGAAAUAUGCAGAAUUGUGCCUGGUGGUGCUCUAGUGUUUUUUCCUAGCUACAAGUUGUUGGACAAAUUGCAAGUGCGCUGGUCUCAGACAGGUCAAUGGGCACGGCUUAAUGCUCAAAAACAUGUGUUUGUUGAGCCUAAGGGAAGUAGUGAGGAACUCGAUCCUGUUUUAAAAGGGUACUAUGAUGCAAUCCUUGGUAAGGCUCCUGUCAAGAAAGCCAGAGGUGAUUCAAAACAAAUAGUGAAGAAUCGAGUGACAAAAAAAUCGUCACAGGAAUCAGCGAAAGCAGGAGCUGCUCUUCUUGCAGUUUGCCGUGGGAAGGUAUCUGAAGGGAUUGACUUCGUUGAUGACAAUGCUAGAGUUGUGGUCAUUGUUGGAAUUCCUUUUCCAAAUAUAAAUGAUGUUCAAGUAAAGCUGAAAAAGAGAUAUAAUGAUUCAUACAAUUCAUCAAAGCAUUUGUUAAGUGGGAGUGAAUGGUACUGUCAUCAGGCAUUUCGUGCUUUAAAUCAAGCUGCAGGUCAUUGUAUUCGUCAUAAAUCUGACUAUGGAGGCAUAAUUCUGAUUGAUUGUGGCAUCUUCCCCAAGGUUAAGUUGGAUAGCGAAGCACCUCAAUCUCUCAGUGAUGAUAAAAGAAAGUUGCCGUGGCCAGAAUUGAGUUCCUCAAACCACUCAGUAUCACAAUGUAAUCAGAAGGUGUCUUCACUCUUCACAUGCACAGGAUUGUCCAGGUGUGAAAAUGUCAAGCUUGAAAGAAAUUACAAGCCAGAAGAGGUUUCGGCAAAGAAGUCUAUGCAGAAGAAACUUCUUAUAAGUUGCAUUAGAUGCAAAACAGCUCUUGGGUUAGAAGAAGAUGGGUUUCUUGUUACUUGUACACAAUCUUCUUCGUCGAAAUUGUACUUGGCAUAUCUUUUGAGACAUGGGCUGUCAGCUGCUGGCUUUCUGGAGGAUGAUUUUUCGGCAUCAACACCAGCAGAGGUACGAGUAGUGGAGUGCGAAGCUUCUUCACUCAACCAAAAUAUAUUUGGCAAAUUCAGAAACCAGGGCCAUGUUUGGUCUGCAAAGGAUGGAUGUGUGUACAAUGCAAUGACUUGUACUUUCUGCUCUUCUGAAAACAAAUGUGCCAUGGUCCUCGGCGUGCAAGUUCUUGCAACUGAUAAGCUAAAUCAACAAUUGGUGGAAAAGGUGCUCUUGUUCAGUGAUCGUUUGGAUGUCCAGUCUGAGCCAUCAAAGGGACAGAUUUCAAGAACUCGGAGAGAUGCUAGUGACUCCAUCUCCCCUCCAUCGCCAUCGGUGAUCGACCUUGAGUCCUUUGCAUAUAAGCCAUUAAAGAAGGAUCCUGUGGCACUGAACUCAAGAAGGUCUAAGGUUCGCAUGAUCCUCAUGCUGCAUCAACACAGUAGACUUCUCAUCAGAGUAUAA